CAAGUGUUUGUAUUAUAUAAAAAUACAUACAAGAAUAACAGCACAUUGUUAGUGGCCAUCAGGUCUGAUCAACAGGGAUUUGAACUGAAUGUGCAGUAAACACGCUAUAGAUUUAUGUGAUCCUCACAGAGAGAGAGAAAGCAGCACAAAGGGAUUUGGAAAUUAUAUUUCUACAUUUGUCACAGUGUCUAUAGUCAAGGUGUUUUGGGGUUUUUUGGGUUGUGGCUUUCACAGAGAAGCUGACAGCCCAAAUGCAGCGUGAUGAGGAUUCAAUACAUUCUGUUACUGAAGAUAGGUUCCUGAGGACUUUACAGCACUCUACAGAUGGAAGUGAACAAAGUCACAUCAUGGAGGACGGGACAAGUCAUUUACAAUUUGAUAAACAAGACACAAACUUGAAUAAAAGUCUCAAAGCUCAGAAGCUUUUGAUUCUGUGGCACCUUACAAUGUAUUUUGAUUAACAUUUUCUUUUAUUGCAUUUUAUAAAGACUGUGAAGUGGAUCAUAUAAAAAUCAUACAACCAUAUGCACAACAUAUAAACACCUCAUUGGUCCACAGAAAGAAAAUGAUAACUGGUUGAUAAAUGUGUUGAUUUGUUGAUAAGAUUCUGUGACACAAAUGUGGAACUGAAGUUUUGCUGACACAUGGUGGGGGUGGAACAUUUAACUAUCAGAGGUUGGUAACAUUAUGAACACUUUGCUCAAAGUGUUUCCCUUGUUCACACAGCAUGUAGCAUGGUUUACAGCUACAUCUGUCUUAGUUUCUGUUUUCUUGUGUAAUGUGAAGAUGUGGAUCCUUCGAAACCUGCUGUUCAUCCUCCGCAUAGCUCUGAGCUGUGUGAGCGGUGCAGCACCACUGAUCCAUGUGUCUGGAUAUGAAGGGAGAGAUGUUAAAGUUUCCUGCCCCUAUGGAGAGGGUUACGAGUCUUAUGAGAAAUACCUGUGCAGGAAUGACUGUUACAAUGAUGAUGAUGUUCUUAUUAUGACUACACAAGCAAACAAGAACAAAUACUCCAUCUCUGAUGACAUAAACAAACGAGUCCUCACAACGACCAUCUCUGAUCUGAGCUCUGUGGAUGCUGGGAAAUACUGGUGUGGGGUGACCAGAACUGGAAAGGAUUACUACCCUGCUGAAGUAAGACUGGACGUAGUGCCAGACAGCUGCUGUGAUCAGUUCACUGAAAUCCACAGUCAUGAGGAAGGUUCAGUGUCCAUCCCUUGUCCAUAUGACUCUAAGUACCAGAACAACCUGAAGUACAUCUGCAGAGGAAGGCAGCCCUCCAUAUGUCUGCAGACGGCAGUGGUCACCUCUAACAGAAAACUGAAUGGAAAGUUCACACUUACUGGUGACGAGGAGUCUGGGAACUUCACAGUGACCAUCACCAAUUUGACCCAAAUGGAUUCUGGGUGGUUCCUUUGUGGUGUCGAGAGAAACAAUCGCCUGGGUGUUUUCUCUGCUGUUAAGCUGGAAGUCAAAGUCUCUCCACAGACGACAAGCACCGCGAUCUCUAUCAUCACCACAGAGCCUGUCACAUCACGAUCAACAUAUAUCUCAACUAAUCCUAUCGAAGAUGCUGCUCUCUUUUCAAUUUUGGUUUACAUUCUGCCAGCUGUUCUGGUUGGACUGUUGUUGAUCCUGACAUUUUUCCUUGCCAGGGUUUGUAAAGACAAAUGCAACAAAGUGCAUGGAGUUAGAGUCAUCAUGAGCAUUAACAGGUCCAACGAAGAAAUCAUUGUGGACAAUAUUAUUUAUAACAUGGAAGAAGAUGCAGACAUGGGCUCCAUUAGGCCACAGAGUGUGCUGCAUCACGAUGACAAUCCAGGUGAAGACAAGCAGACUGUCUACCAAAACUUCACCAAGCCAGAGGACGUCUGGCACAACCACACUGACAGCUGAACUGUGUUCAAACAGAAUCUACAUUCCUUAUGAUUGUUUGGUUGCUUUAUUUUAAUUAAUAGUAUUACUAAUGAUAUUUAUAUAAUAUAUAUAUAUAUAUAUAUAUUAUAAAUAUCAUAUCAUAUAUAUAUAUAUAUAUAUUAAUUAAAUAUAUAUAUUCAAUAUUAUUAGUAUAUAUAAUUAUAUAUAUAAAUAAAUAGCUUAAUAUAUCACUCCUUGUGAGAAAAAGGGGAGAAAAUAACCCAAAUUUAAGUUAAGAAUAUAAUUGUGAACAAAAUAAACAAAACCAUGAGAAACACCAUCAGAGUUUUCAUAGUCGUCAUUGAAACAUCUCAUCAGUAUUGGUGUGAUGGAAACGUCAUCAGCACGUUGUUGUGGAAAUACAAAAGAGAA